UUUACAUGUCAAAAUUGUCAACAAAUGCCAAAUCUUCAAAAUAAAAAUAUGUAAAGUUUAAUAUCGAAUCGAAUUAUUAUGAAUAUUCUUGGUAAUUCCUUAAUAUUCCUGGAAUACUUUUAUGAAGUUUAGACCGAUAAAUAAAUAAAUGUUGUUAUGAUUUCAUUUCCAUUUCAUUCGUAAUCAUCUGAAGAACGUUGACAUUUUAGGACACGUAGUGGUGAUAAGAAAUUGUGAUAUGAUAAUUAAUAUAUUGUGAAAAUGCGGUAUAAAAUUUUAUUGUUUAUUGUGAUUUCAUUUGCAAAUUAUGAACUUUCCAUUGGGGCGUUACGAGGACCUUUGGAAUCAAAUAAGAAACAAAAUCCUGAUGAAGAUACUAAAAGUUAUUUAACAUCUUACAAUGAAGAAGAUGAUGAAAGUUCUGCUUUAAAAAUUGUUCAACCCCCUGAUUUAUCAAAGGAAAAGGAAAGAAAGAAAGAAACUGUGGAUUUACUCUUACUAGAUCAAGCUAAGGUUCUCCAAAAAAUGGUUGAAGAACUUGAUUUUAUAAAGACUUCUAUAAUAGAUGAAAGUCCUACUGACCAUUCAGAGGAAGAACUUCCCCCAAUGCCUGAAUCACUCCUUCAUCCUAAAGAACUCACUCUUGAAGAAAAAGAAGCUAAAGAAAUAUUCGAUCAAGCAUCUCAAAUGCUCAAUAAAACUAGACCAGACAAGAACAAAGCUUAUACUUUAUUACAAGAGGCUUCUAAAAAAGGGAGUCAAGAAGCCAAAGCUCUUAUUGCUUGGGCUAAACUCUUUGGUAAUCCAUUGAAGCAAGAUAUUGCGAGUGCUCAUGAAAUGUUUGAAUCUUUAGCUGAAAUUGGUAAUCCAGAUGGACACACUGGAUUAGGUUUUUUGUAUUCAAUUGGAUUAUCUGUGAAUGUUAGUCAAGCACGAGCAUUAGUUCACUUUACUUUUGGAGCAAUUGGAGGAAAUAUAUGGUCACAAAUGAUCAUGGGUUAUAAAUAUUGGUCAGGAAUAACUGUAUCACCAAGUUGUGAGAAGUCCUUAGACUUUUAUAGGCAAGUUGCAGAUAAAGUUAGUCAAGGUGUUACUUUUGGAGGAGGUGCUGCUAUUCAGAGAAUAAGAUUACUUGAUGAGUUAGAAAAUGGAUACUCAUCAGGUAUAUUGGACAAUGAUCUCAUAGAGUAUUAUCAGCUUCUUGCCGAGAAAGGUGAUAUACAAGCACAGGUUGGAUUAGGAGAGCUACAUUAUCAAGGAGGCAGAGAGGAUGAUUUGGACUACCAAAAAGCUCUUCGUCAUUUCACACGAACAUCUAAACUGGUGGGAUUGGGACAGUUACAUUAUCAAGGAGGUCGAGGUGUUGAUUUGGACUACCAGAAAGCUCUUCAUUAUUUCACACAGGCAGCAAAUGCAGGUAAUGCUGUUGCAAUGGCAUAUUUGGGAAAGAUCUAUCUGGAUGGAAGCGAUGAAAUAAAUGCUGAUAAUUUUACAGCUUUUAAGUAUUUCAAAAAAGCAUCAGACUUGAAUAACCCAGUUGGUCUUAGCGGACUAGGUUUGAUGUAUUUAUAUGGGCGGGGAGUAGAAAGAGAUUAUCUGAAAGCUCAUAAAUAUUUUCUUGCUGCCGCAGAUCAAGGUUGGGUUGAUGGUCAACUUCAAUUGGGCAAUAUGUAUCUUAAUGGAUUGGGGAUGAGAAAGGAUUACAAGUUGGCCAACAAGUAUUUUUCUUUGGCAUCACAAUCCGGACAUGUAUUGGCUUACUAUAAUUUGGGACAGAUGCAUGCUCAGGGUACUGGUAUGCUUAGAUCAUGUCCAACAGCUGUGGAGCUAUUCAAGAAUGUAGCAGAAAGAGGAAGGUGGGGUGAACUCCUAAUGCAGGCUCACACAGACUAUAGAGAUGGACACUACAAUGAGGCAUUUGUACAGUAUGCCCUAUUAGCAGAACUUGGCUAUGAAGUUGCUCAAAGUAAUGCAGCUUUUCUUUUGGAUCGAGGCGAAGUUCCAAUGUUGUCAGGAGAAGAAGCUCUUGUCAGAGGACUCCUGUACUGGGGAAGGGCAUCAACACAGGGUUAUUCCGCAGCACAGGUGAAGUUGGGAGAUUAUCAUUAUUAUGGCUUUGGCACUCCAGUUGAUUAUGAAGCAGCAGCUACCCAUUACAGGCUAGCCUCUGAACAACAACAUAAUGCUCAAGCAAUGUUCAACUUGGGAUACAUGCAUGAACAAGGUCUAGGAAUGUCCAGAGAUAUGCAUCUCGCCAAAAGGUUGUAUGAUUUGGCAGCUGAAACUAGCAGUGAUGCUAAGGUACCGGUAUCAUUGGCACUUAUCAAAUUGAAUUUCUUAUUUGGAAUGGAAAUGUUACAGCAGAGCCGCAUUUAUCAAAUAAUGGACUUGAGUGAACUGUUCAGUUCUUAUUGGGAUUUGUAUCUGCUCACCAUUCUAUCUAUGAUUUUAUCCACUAUAAUUUACUUGAGGUGGCAACACAUUAGAGUCUGAUUUAGCUAAUAAAUUGAAAUUUUUAAGAGUUGCAGUGUGGUAUGAACAAUAUUGAUAAUUAAUAGUGAAUUGAAAUGUGUUUGUUUUCGAUUAUUUAUUUUGUAAAUAUUAUUGUUGAUGAAUUAAAUCGCCACUACAA